CACUUCAUCUUCUAAUUAAUAGCCACUCCUCCCUAGUACUACUGUUUCUUACUAGUUGAGUGUUCAUUUAUAAAAAAAAAAAAUGGGUUCAGACAACAAUGUUCUUGCUGUAAUUGCCAAAAAUAUUGAUGUUCUUGCUUUGCCUCUAGUUUCUCUUGUUUAUCCUCUUUAUGCAUCUAUUAAGGCAAUAGAAACAAAGUCUCGAGCAGAUGAUCGACAAUGGCUAACGUAUUGGGUUCUUUAUUCUUUGAUUACUCUCUUUGAACUUAGCUUUUCUAAGCUCAUUGAAUGGUUUCCAAUAUGGUCUUGUGCAAAACUAGGUGCAAUAUGUUGGCUAGUUUUACCUUACUUCAAUGGAGCAUGUUAUGUUUAUGAGAAUUUUAUAAGACCAUUUUAUAGAAAUCCACAAGUUAAAAUAUGGUAUGUUCCUUUGAAGAAGGAUAUUUUCAGUAAGCCAGAUGAUGUUCUAACUGCUGCUGAAAAAUAUAUUGAAGAACAUGGACCACAAGCAUUUGAAAGGCUUUUAGCCAAGCAGGCUGAUAGAGAUGCAAGAACCAGGAGGAACAACUACAUGACCUUUGAUGAUGAUUAUCGAUAUUAAUUAAUUUCGCUUUGUACUAUUAAAUUACUUCUUAAUUAGUUAUGUGUGUUAAUUACUUUGAUGAACUAUGUUUGGAUAAUCCUUUCAGUUUUCACUCUUAAUUAAGAAUAUUUAA